AUGUUGAAGUUUAAAAAAAUGGGCUCUGAUAAAGUCCCUCUGCUGUUAGUAACUGCAAAUGUCGGUUCAAUAUUUGAAGACCCAUCUGUCAUGCUACCAAUAUGGACUUCAGAAUUCCUUCAAGCCGUAUCAAGAAUGGACCCAAAAUUCAUAGCCUUGCAUUUACAAGAAGUUGGUGGGAAGGCGUACGAGAAGUCCAUGCAGUAUGUAAAAGAUUUCGUGCAACGGCUGUGUGACUGUCCUGAGUUAAGGCUCUAUGACAAGAUCAGGAUAUUUCUUGAUGAAGACUUUAGCUCGCCUGAGAAGUUUACUGCGCUUGGCAACAUGUACUUCGCACAUACAUCACUGACUGAUCUCAAAAUAUGGGACUUUGAGAGACGGAACUACGUAGAAGUGACGGGCAAAGAAGUGAACAGCGGUAACAUUGAGAAGAUCACCACUAAGGAGAAAGUCAAGUUUCCACAGCACUUCUUUCCUGAGUGCAAAUGGUCUCGCAAGGGAUUCCUGCGUACACGCUGGUCCAUUCGCGGUACAGCUGUGGAGUUUGUGAACAUACAUUUGUUUCACGAUGCUUCGAACUUAAUGGCAAUGGAGCCUUAUCCUUCUGUGUACUGCCGUAGCCGACGGCGUGCGUUACGUCAUACUUUACGACACCUGCAUUCUGAUGUCAACGCUGCACCUUACUUCAUAUUUGGAGACUUCAACUUCCGAACUGAUACUGGAGGGGUUGUGAAGAGAAUAACCGACAAUUUAAUCGCAAAUCGAAUGUCAAAUGGGGCAAAUGUUGAAUCGUCGAAGAUGCAAUACCGAUCUAAGAGUGAAGACAGAGUGGUUCUAACAAUUGGCAAGAAGGAGUUCUCUCAUGUUGACCAUCAGAAGAUCUUCAGGGAGUCCUGGCUCCAAAAGUACGAUCGUGAAUUAGAAGCCUUAAAACCGCAUUUGUACGAAUUUCCGGUUAAAUUUCCGCCAUCUUACCCCUUCGAGGAAGACGUUCAUUUGCCCACACAUUAUAUGAAAACUAGGUGUCCAGCGUGGUGCGACCGAGUGCUUCUUUCACAGUCCGCGAGACUUUUGGUGCAAGAGAGAGCUGAAAAUCGCGUGCAUAACUCUAGGAAGUCCGUAACAGACUCGACGGACAGUGGAAGUGGAAGAUUGUCUUCGUCAGAUAGCAGCCCGGCCAGAUCCGCCUCACCAGCUAGACAUAACAACCAGUGGAGUCCAAAUAAAAAGCUCGAGAAAAAAGGCAGCGUCGCUGAAAUAGAUGGUUUGAAUGUUCCUGUAACUACAGUCAGUAGAAAGAGUAUUGCUGAUCCCACCAGCGUGCAGCAGGCUAUAAAUGCGAGAGUUUCAGACUCGGACGCAUCGCCUGGCAGACGUAAACUAGUCCGCAAUCAGUCUGAGGGUUCGCCCAAAGGCGGUGAAUCUUCUGAAAUAAGACGUCUUAUAGACGCACCUUCUAGGCGAAGGAAUGAGUACGGAGUUAUUGGAGACACAACUUGUAUGGGAGAUCAUAAGCCAAUAUAUUUACGGGUGAUGCUGCAGAGCGAUCGAGGUACCGAUAAAGAGAAUAGACCUCCCGCACGUCUAACCCCUACCUUGCGUAGAAUUCCAACCGACCCCGAUUUGAUCAAAACUCCAAAAAUUCUAUACAGCAGUCACCCAGACAAACUAUUAUCCGACGAAUUUAGACUCAAAAGGACGCGAACGGGCUCUCUUAACGAAAAGUUAUUUAGGAUUCCCUACGUACAGAUAACUAGUGCGGAUUAUUGUAGUUACAACGAUAUAUUCGUUAAUGAUAUUGACACGUCCCUGUUAAGUCCCAGGCGAUGCUUAGAUCCAUACACGCCGGAAAGUGUCGAUUCUCAUUCGCCUGACGUCGAAGUAUCGUCCGAGGAACAAACGGAAAUUAUCGAUACGAUCGAUUUAAAAUCGAAAUUGUCGCGGGAUCGAAGCGUGUCGCCCACGCAGUUGAAAAGUCGAUUAGACAGGUUGUUGAAUGAGUCAGAUGACGUUCCUAAAUUGCAUAGAUUAGAUAGCAAGGAGUCUUGCAAGUCGGAUAGUAGUCGAAAGGGCCUAUGCUGUUUAGCGCUCAAGUGUUAUGGCACAUACAGACACGAGUUCCACACGGAAACAGCGUCAAAAAGCGUGAACUCUGAAGAUGAAAGCGCUGAAACAACUGAGAAGAACAGUCGAUAUAUUUGUUUUAACAAUUCACCGGCUAAUUUGUUUAAAGAAACUGAUAUCUAA